CACGGGAGGAUCUGACCUGCUCACAGGCCAGCGCCCCACGGCUUUCGUUUCCCCGUCCCUCUCCCGCACAGCCGGGAAGAGCAGGACGAGGAUGGGGCCGCACGGCUGGCUCUGCCUGCUCUGCCUGGUGCUCCCCUGGCUGCUGUGCCAGGGCAAGAGCCGCACCCAGCCCGAGCAAGUGCAUCUCUCCUACCCAGGCGACCCCACCGCCAUGACCGUCACCUGGACGACCUUUGACCCGGCCGGCUCCAUCGUGGAGUUCGGCCCGGAGCCGAGCAGGGUCUUCACCUCCUCCGCCCAGGGCCAUGCCAGCCGGUUCGUGGACGGCGGGUGGUUGCGCCGCAGCAUGUUCAUCCACCGGGUCACCCUGCAGGGCCUGGCCCCUGGUCAGCGCUAUGCUUAUCGCUGCGGGAGCCCGCGGGCCUGGAGCCGGCCCUACAGCUUCCGGGCUCUGCAGAAUGGCACCGACUGGAGCCCGCGUCUCGCUGUCUUCGGCGACAUGGGGAACGUCAACCCCCAGUCCCUGCCCAGGCUCCGGCGCGACACGCAGCAGCACAUGUACGACGCGAUCCUGCACGUAGGGGAUUUUGCCUAUGACAUGGACGAGUGUAACGCCAGGGUUGGAGACGCCUUCAUGCGCAAGAUCGAGCCCGUCGCUGCGUCGGUGCCGUAUAUGACGUGUCCAGGGAACCACGAGGAGAAAUACAACUUCUCCAACUACCGUGCCCGAUUCAGCAUGCCUGGUGACACGCAGGGCCUGUGGUACAGCUGGGACAUCGGCCCUGCCCACAUCAUCUCCUUCUCCACCGAGGUGUAUUUCUACCUCAUCUAUGGCUGCCAGCUCGUCCGGAAGCAGUACCAAUGGCUAGAAAGAGACCUACAGGAGGCCACGCGGCCGGAUCGGCGCCGGCAGCACCCGUGGAUCAUCACCAUGGGGCACCGGCCCAUGUACUGCUCCAACAACGACAUCGACGACUGCACGGCGCACGAGAGCAUCACUCGCCGAGGGCUCCCCAUACAUCAGUACGGCCUGGAGGAUCUGUUCUAUAAAUACGGUGUCGACCUAGAGCUGUGGGCCCACGAACACUCCUACGAGAGGCUGUGGCCUGUCUACAACUACAAGGUCUACAACGGCAGCGCCGAAUCGCCCUACACCAACCCCCGGGCGCCCGUCCAUAUCAUCACCGGAUCGGCCGGCUGUAGGGAGAGGCUGACCCCCUUCGUCCCCAACCCUCGGGAGUGGAGCGCCGUGCGCAUCGAGGACUACGGCUACACGCGCCUGCAAAUCCUCAACCGCAGCCACAUCUGGCUGGAGCAAGUGUCCGACGACCAGGACGGGAAAGUCGUGGAUGGGAUCUGGCUCAUCAAGGAGUUGCACGGCCCCAAAGCUUGGCAUUAGCCUGGCCGCAGGCACCCAGCCCUGAGCUGAGCAGAGGGAC